GAGUGCUUCCUGUCAUUCAUUUUGAAACCAGUCAGUCAGCUCAGUUCGAGAGCCAUCCCAGGCCAGGGACAGUGAGAUUUUCACAGUAUUGAAAUCCAAGCAAGCGCUAAGAUGGAUACUAUAGGAGGAGGGUUCGGUGAUCUCCUGCGGGAUGCAGAGCAGCUGACUGCAGAUGUAGAUACAGGUAGUGAACUACCAAAGGUAGAACAGACCUUACAUCAAAUCAUGGAAACCAGCCAAAGGCUAUGGACAAAGACUGCUCAGCUCGGAACUUCAGAGGCUGCCGAUGUCAAGGCGUCCAUUCUGUUAGGUUCCAAAGGAUUAGACAUUCCCAGGAUAUCACAGCGUUUAGAGACGUUGAGUGCAGCAAAGACGUAUGAACCCCUUGAACCAAUUGCUGAUACUGAUAUACAGGGCUUGCUAAGGAAUGAAAGAGAGAAUGCCCUGUUAGCUGUUAUUGAAGAAACCAAGAGGAAUACCAGAUUACAGACAGAGCAACGAUUAUGGCAGUCUAAACAGAACGAAUGGGAGCAGGAGAAACAGCGUAUCCUCAACACUCUGCUUGGUUCCAGCUCUGAACUGAUUGAUGUCUCGGCUGAAACCAGUAAUCUUUUCAGUGAUGUCGGUAGUAGGAUCGAGGGUCGUAGCGCUAUGGAUGCCAUGGAGAUGGCCUAUGCCAGACAGGUGUACAUCUACAAUGACAAGGUAGUGAAGGGCGGUACGAAGCCAAAUCUCAUCAGUCUCUUCGAAGAAAUGUCACAACAAUUUGAAGACAAGAGAAUAGAAGACUUUUGGGCCAUGGUCAGGGAGAUGUCAUCCGUUCCCAUGACAACUUCUUCAGAUUCCGUGUCUGUGCGAAUGACAGAGGACUUACAAAUGGCCUUCAUCAGACAAGGAAAGAAAUUCUUAGAACAUAGUUACAUUGAGUACAUUAGUAACAUCAUUGGUGAUAACUUGAGACAAGCAAGACUUGGUGGUGUUCCUGGUGUUUAUCAGCUUGUUAGAGGAUUCCUCAAAGUCAAGUUACCAACAGCAGUCCCUGGACUAGAGGAUGGCCUUGUAGAGGGUAUACCAGUCUGGCCUGUCAUAUAUUACUGUAUCCGUUGUGGGGAUCUAAAUGCUGCUAUGAUCACAACAAAUAAUGCUGCCCAGAGUCUUGGUGAGUUCAGUGAAUACCUUGAAGAAUACAUGCACAAUGAUGAUAGAAGGUUAUCACCCAGUACAGAGACCAAACUGAGACUACAUUAUAGGAGAGCUGUUAGGAACAGUACAGAUCCAUUCAAGAGGGCUGUAUACUGCUUGCUAGGGCGAUGUGAUACGAUGGACAACCAUGCUGAGGUUUGCGAGAAGACUGAAGAUUAUUUAUGGCUCAAGUUAAGUCAAGUUCAGUUUGGCGAGUCUCCAUCAUCAUCAUCAUCAAGUAGCCAAGGUUCAUCUGAUAGACUAACCCUUCAACAACUCCAAACAACUCUCUUAGAAGAAUAUGGAGAAACACACUUCAGUGCACAUCAGAACCCACACCUUUACUUCAAGAUCCUGUUCCUAUCUGCUCAAUUUGAGGCUGCUAUCGAGUUCUUAUCCAGACAUGAUAAUGGUCUAAGAAGCCAUGCCGUUCAUUCUGCCAUCGUUCUACAUGAGCUUGGUCUCCUGGCUUUACCUCAGAACAUACAGGCACAGCUUUUGAGUCGAGAUCCACAAGACCCUCUUCCCAUGCACAGACUCAACUUUGUUCGUCUCAUCAGCAUGUAUACAUCCAAGUUUGAAUCCACAGACCCGAGAGAAGCUCUUCAAUACUUUUACUUGCUCAGGAAUCUUAGGGAUGCGAAUGGAAAGAGUUACUUUGUGCGUUGCUUGAGUGAGCUGGUCAUCGAGACGAGAGAAUUUGAGACGUUGCUGGGACGUAGAGAGAGGGAUGGAGCAAGGAGACCCGGAGCCGUCGACAAGUUUCAGGAGGAUACUCAGAGCAUCAUUGAGACGGUUGCUAUGGAUACAGAGACCAAAGGAUUGUUUGAGGAUGCUCUGAAGCUACAUGACCUUGCUGGGAACACAGAUAAGGUUCUUGAGCUGAUGAACAGACUGCUGAGUCCCACCAUCGCAUCAUCAAACAGCCCACAGUCCAACAGAGAGAGGUUACAAGCACUGGCUCUCAGCAUAGCAGAGAGGUAUCAAUCCAAAGGUCUGACUGGUAGUCCAGCAAACACCAAAUCCUUCUACCUCCUCCUUGACCUUAUGACCUUCUUUGAUGCUUACCACAAUAGAGAUCUCGACAGAGCAUUAUCGACAAUCCGUCAACUUCAGAUUAUAGCUCUCAGUCCUGAAUCAGUUGAUGAUAGAGUGCAUGGAUUCAAACAGUACACUGAUGAGAUAAGAAGAAGUCUUCCAGAUGUUCUCCUUGCCACGAUGACUAUCCUAUACACCAAGUAUCGAUCAUGUCGUAGCAGCGGAACCCAAAGUCCUCAGGCUAGGGCUGGCCAACGUCAUGAAAAUGGAGGAAAGGAAUCCUUCUUGGCCCACCUGAGGAAGCAAGCCAAGGCUCUGAUCACCUUUGCUGGGAUGCUGCCUUACAGGAUGCCAGGAGAUACCAAUGCACGCCUUGUACAGAUGGAGGUUCUGAUGAACUAAUCAGUCAGACCUCGGGCCCAUAACACACAGCUUAGCAAUCAUUGCAGAAGAAUGCCUUUACAAUUGAUUGCAUUGACUACCACAUACGAUCAAUCUUGAAAAUCGAUAAUACGAUCAGUCGCUAACCUUUGUGUUACCGGACCCAUGUCUCAUCAUUUUGUGAAACCAACAUUCCUUAAAGUCAUAAUGAACUGAUACCUUUAGGGACAACCUUCAGAAUGUUUGAAGAUAUUGUCGGUGUUCAUCUGAAAAUUAUAGUAAACUUUGAUGUCAAUUUUCUCUGAAAUGGGUUUGCACAGUCGUAUGGGGAUAUGAUGGUUCAGAUGACUGCCGAUGAAAUGAGCAUCAUUCCUAGGGAAUGUUUUGGGGAUACAAUCCCAGCUAAACUGGUGCAUUAUUGUGUGAUAAUACAUUGCAAAGCAAAUCACUUUAGAAAUGGCCAAGACCUGUGCACGUGGCUUACUGUUAAUUGCAAUUUCAUUUUGGAAGACAGGUGCUUGUACAAGAAUUUAGAACUAUAAUAAUGAUUAUAGUUUGACAUAUUUAGUGCUUUUUUUUCCAGAGGAUGUAGAGCGCAAGUAAAUCAUAUCAAGUUUUAGGACAAGGACGCACUCUUGUUGGGGUAAUUAAAAAGUAUCAUGUGACCAAAACUCUAUGGUCGUGUUGUCGUUUACAGCCUAACAUUGAUUCCCCCUCCAAAAAAAAGUCAUAGUCCUGUAUUCUGAAGUCAGGUUUAACUUAAACUCAGGUUUAAAGUUGUGGUUAA